AUGAUGGUGCUGAGGUUACGCAGCUGGGCUCCCCUGGGGCCUCUUCUCUCCCUGCUCUUUUCUACCAGCAUGGCGUACAUUCCUACCGAAGAAAACUGCUGCAUAUUAGAUGAACGAUUUGGUAGCUACUGCCCCACAACCUGUGGCAUUGCAGAUUUCUUUAAUAAAUACCAUCUCACUAUGGAUAAAGAACUGGAGCAAAUGGAGAGAAUUCUGCGGCUAAUUGCUAACUCCACAGGAUCAGCAGAACAGCUGAUUCACCACAUCCAAAGCCUCUAUCCUUCAGAGAAGCAGACACUACCAGGUUCAGUUGAUGAUUUUACUCAGAAGUCCAGGAAACUAAUUGAAGAAAUUAUCAGAUAUGAAACCACUAUUUUGUCUCAUGAAAGUACUAUACAACAGUUGACAGAAAAACAUAUAUCGAACAGCAACAAGAUCACACAGCUGAAACAGAAGAUUGCCCAGCUUGACUCACUCUGUCAGGAGCCAUGCAGAGACACGGCUGAAAUACAUGACACAACUGGAAGAGAUUGUCAAGACGUUGCAAACAGAGGUGCCAGAAAAAGUGGUCUUUACUUUAUCAAGCCUCAAAAGGCCAAGCAGUCAUUCCUAGUCUACUGUGAGAUUGACUCAUAUGGCAACGGCUGGACAGUAUUACAGAGGAGACUGGACGGGAGUGAGGACUUCAAGAAAAAUUGGGUUCAGUACAAGGAAGGAUUUGGACGUCUGUCUCCAGAUGACACCACUGAGUUCUGGCUGGGCAAUGAAAAGAUUCAUUUAAUAACUACGCAGUCCACUCUGCCAUACGUGUUGCGAAUAGAACUGGAGGACUGGAAUGGCGAAAAAGGCACUGCUGACUACGCUGUAUUCAAAGUGGGAAGUGAAGAUGACAAGUAUCGAAUGACUUAUGCCUACUUUCUUGGUGGCAACGCUGGAGAUGCCUUUGAUGGCUUUGAUUUUGGAAGAAAUCCAAGUGACAAAUCCUUUACCUCUCAUAAUGGCAUGCAGUUCAGUACCUAUGAUAACGACAAUGAUAGGUUCUCUGGCAACUGUGCUGAUGAGUCUGGAUGGUGGAUGAACAGUUGUCAUGCUGGCCACCUCAAUGGCAAAUAUUAUAUAGGUGGUGUGUAUGCAUCGCAAGAUGCUGGUCCAGAUGGAAAUGACAAUGGCAUUAUCUGGGCAACCUGGCGUGACCAGUGGUACUCCAUGAAGAAAACUGCAAUGAAAGUUAUCCAGUUGAACAGACUGCAAGUGGAUGGACAGCAGCACGCCUUAGGCAGCGUCAAACAGGUUCAACCACAGGGCCGAGGAGAUAUUUAA